AUGGAGUCUGCUUUGGUAAGUUUUUGUAUUUUUUGUCUGCACGGUUUCAGCGUUUAUUUCUUGUUAUAAAUCGCUACUGCCCAUUUUCUUUGCUUCUGUUAAUGUUAUAGGAAGCUUUAAGAUCAGUUCCGGACCCAGAUCAGGUUAAAAAUGCGCUGUCUUUGAUGCAAGUGUAUGUCAACAACAUAGUGAAAGAUCCAGACAGUCAAAAAUACAGGAAAAUUAGAAUAAGUAAGUAAACCAAGUAUAAACUAGCUUUUAAAAUGUCACCUAUAGAAUCAGCUAAGUGAUAGCCUUUUUAUAGACCUAAACAUGGGCCAAACAGUCAGACAGGUAAUGUACUUGAAUCAGCUUGAAUGUAGCCACGAACAAUAGGCUUCUUUCACGAUGACAGCAUUUGACUACAACUACCAGAAUUCAUUUCGUUUUUGCUUUCUUAUUUAAAUUUGCCCAAUCCCGCUGAGAUUUAAAAGACAAUAGCCCUAUUAAAUGAGCACAAGAAAAAGACGUACUGAAGGAUUCUGGAAGUUGUAGUAAAAUAACCUCAUCAUGCAAUUGUCUUCUCGCCACUUGCUUUGAAUAUGUUAUAAUUUGUCAUGAUACAAAUGACAUUUGAUGAUAGUUUUCCUGUUUGCUGCAUUUUAGCUGUUUAACUGAUUCUACCCUGAGACAACAGCUCAACUUCACUAACAUUUACAUUGAUUGCUACCUUCUCCAUACCCAAGGCAAAAACAAGAAUUUUUAAAAACAAAUAGGUCUUUUGCAUUAGUUGAUCAGGUGAUCAACUUUCUGUGAACACGAAAACAGUUUGUUUUUGUUAGCACAAGCUGAAACAGCAUAACACAAUUUGAGCCAAGUAAUGCUCAAGGAAAUAUUUCAUGACAGUUUGAAAAUUUUGAAAUUUACAUGGAUUUGUAUGGAAAGCCACUCAAGUGUGACUGGGUAGCACGAGUUCUUGAAAGAAUUACCUGGGAUGCUGAUAACCUUGUGGCACAGACUUAAGACGUUUUCUGACUAUCACCUACUCCCUAUCCCCUCCUAGCAACAAAAUUGCCCCCUUCCUCAGCGUGCAAAGAAGUAGUGUCCAAUAGCUCGUGGCAAGUGGAUUUUUCUAUUGGGCUAGUUAGUUUUGUUCUUAACUUGCCCGACGGGCAAGUGAAGUUUUUUGAGGAAUUCAAAUUACAGAAGAACUGUGAAUCAAUUCUGCUCAUCAAAAUGUUUUUGGGGCUUGUUGAAAUGAUGUUUGGGCUAGUAUAUGCUAGCUUCAGCUUGCCUGAACGGCAAGCUUUAAAAAUGACUUUCUUUGCACCAUGCUUACUAAAUUUUAUUCCCUUCUUGCACUAUUUAAGGGAGGAAUGGUGAAACCAGUUUGCAAGAAAGUGCAGGAAGUUGAAUUUUUUUUAUGUAUAGUUUUUUUUGUAUAUUUUAUUCUUUUUAUUGAUUCUUUUAAUGACAUACAAAGUUGACCAUGCCAAGGUACAUGUAAAGUCAUAACAGUUUUUUCCACACUUUUAGCCAACCCAAAGUUUAACUCAGCCAUCUGGCAAUUGGAGCAGGCAAGAACAUUUCUGCUGUUGUCUGGAUUUGAGCAGGUACUUUUGCAGUAUACCUAUUGAUAUGAGAGUGAUUGGGGAGCAACUUGGGGUGGUUUAAAGUGGCUUAGUUAAAGUACUUAAGCUGAAACUGCUAAUGUCUAAAACCUGCUAUUGCAACAAAAUCCCCUUGACUCUCCACAAUAAAAACAAUUUGUUUUGCCCCUCUGAAUGCUGGAAACAACAUUUCCUAGGACUAAAAUUUUGAAAUUUUUCUUAGGAAGCAAUAAUAAUUAAUUUCCACAGAUCCUUGUAGAUUAUAUUCCUUUGUGGACUCAUUUAUUCUUACCCCUAUGACAUGAAUCCUAGACCCGCUCUAGCAUAUGGCAAAAAAAAUUGUCAGUUUGAGCAUAUUUAUCUCUGAUGCAAGAAUAAACCUUUGCACUCUAUUGAAUUCUAUCUUAUCCAUUUCCCUUGCACUCAAAUGCUGACCCUCUGCAUUCUAAAAACUUUGAUUGGUUAAUUUGAUGAGGUAAAUUAAAAGCAUUAAAGAAAACACCUUAACAUGCAGAAACUAAUAUUUUAGUUGUUUGAAUGUUCAUUCCAGGACGGGGAAUUUCUGGUUCUUCCAUUUUCUGUAAACAUUGAUGGAGUUAAAGUCUUGAUUGAUGGGGCUCUUGGAAUUUCACAGUCAAAUAAAUCAAACAAUGCAAUAAGAAGUAACCCCUCACAAGGCUCAAGUGAAUCUGGCAGUACAGUGCUCAAACUGAGCUCACAAAAAGGUAAACCUUACAUCUGCACAAAAGCAUGAAAAAUAGUUUGCACAUUUUCAGGUUGUGUAGGCAUCAUAAUGAAUUUGGACAAUGUGUUCGGUACUGUGAACAGGUAUUUUUUUCCUUGUGAUUAUCCAGUUGAUGGUUUUAGUGAGGAAAUAUGAAUCUAGAUCUCUAUUACUGUUUUGAAUCUUGAACACCUUUUUAGGGAGGUGAAUAGUAUUUCUUAUGUCUCCUUGACAUAAUCAGCAGCUGUUUACUGGGAUAUUUAACAUUUUGGGUUGCUUUUUCGUAGUAAUAAUAUUAUUCAUUAUAUUGCUUGAAAAAUACUUCUCUUAUUUCAAGGAGAUGUAUGCCAUUGUUUUGACAGUUACAAAGAGUAAUUUUAGAAUGCAGUGACGCAACCAUUCUGUUUACAAAUUUUAUCUUGGCCAUUUUAUUGCCAUUCUAUUUUAUAGGCGAGAGCUUGUUCGACCAAGACACAAAAGCAGAUCUAACCUUGCUCUCUUACAUGAAGGAACUGGGUAUGUUAACUCAUUACAAAACAUGAUAAUGAUUUCAAUGCUGCAAGUUCUUUCAUUACGACUAUUUUUUGUGGUACCCUUACAAGGUUAUGACAUUGCUGUGGCUGAGCGAGCUUUAAUCUGUACAAAGAACAAAGGAAUACAGCCCGCUAUUGAUUGGUAAGGAUUACGUAUUUAAUACUUGUAUGCUAAAAGAGCUGAUUAUUUUUAGGUGGGUGCUAAUUCAAGCAUUUACAGUAAUAAUUGAGCAAGUUAUCACCUCUGAAAUGGUGUUGCUUCUAAUAAUUUAUUGUUUUACAAUGUAUCUUUGUAAUCCUUUUCUAUGUAACCUGCAAGGAUAAAUGAGAAUCCUGGUAAAGCUACAGUACCAUUAGAACAGACAGCAGGAACAGGAGAAACAACUGUCGCAGCAGCAUCAGUGGUACCUGAUUUACCUCAUAGUGAUAAAAGUAGCUUCAGUCAGAGGUCUGCUGGUACCAGCUUGUCAACUGGGGUAAGUUGAUUAAAGAUCAUCCUUUUAGUAUAAAUGUAAUAAACUGUUGUUUGGCCUUUAGCAAAAAAGCAAGGCUGACUUAUACAGGUCGCUUUAAGGUUAUAAUUUGAUCCAAUAUUUUGUCUGGCAUGGCCUGUUGUCUUCAAACAAUGACUAACUAGAGAGGUUUAGAGUAGACACUCAUGUUGAGUGACUGCAGUGUUGUGGUGCUUUAUGUCUACAAGCUCGGUUACGGUUCAUUGUGCGAUAACUUAGCAUCGUACAGCAUCACUUCUAAUUUCCACCUCAAACUAGAAACUGUGAUGUGUUAGAAGUGUGAAAGUACUAACGUUUUUGCGUUGUACACAUAGGCCUGCUGCCCCACCUCAUACAAUUCAACAAUGCUUUGUUUUCACUGUCGGCUGAUGUAAACUCACUAAUAUCACACAUCAAGAAAAAGGACAUAUCUGCCAAACUUGUAGCAUCGUAGACUUUUUCGAAUAAUAGAAAGGCUUUCUAUAAUAAUGGAUCAACUCAUAUAUCAUACAUUAUAAGUUCCUAAAAAUCCUCUUCAACUUGCAAAUCCCACACCAUUCUGUUUAUUCUUCACAGCCUGCUGUGGUAUCGCGAUUCCAAAAGACAAUUGAGGAGAGACAUAAGUUUCAAGAGAGACUCAGACUUGAAGCAAUUGAAGAGGCAAAGUAUGAAAUUUUUUACUGUCGGUAAAUACGUGUACAUUGUAAGACCCAUGAUAAUGUUUUAGGGACGUAUGGAGCUUGGGUAUUCGAUGCAGUUGUGAGCAUUAUUAAGAACAGUGUUUGUUUUGGCAGGCUGGAAAAACAAAGAAAAAAACUUCAGAAAGAGAAUUUACUGAAAGAUUUGAGAGAUGAGAAGGAUGAAAGAUUAGAAAAGGUACAUGAAUACAAAUACAAAUACAAGUCAUAAUGAGCCAUUCUGUAAUAACCUGCUAUGAUAAUCAGCAGCAUAGAACUUUUGGUGCUAAGUGUUGCCUCGUUGUAAUAAGAAAGUGUUGCUUGCGCACGCAUUUUUUCAGUCCUCACUGUUAUUAUAUCGGCCCUUAUCACGCAAAUAUCAUUUCGCAUAAAGUUCAAACAUUUUGCACGUCAAGCUUUACAGUAAAAAUGUGAUAACAACUUUAAGAGGUCUAAAAAUUCGCUUGAAAUCAACAUGGCCAAAGCUUAAAGUGGGUCUGUCUCGAGUUUUUCAAACUACAGUGUAGGUAUUCCAAUACUAUGGAAGGAGUUUCGACCCGUUUGGCGUUUAGUCGCUACAAACAUGUACAACACACAUUCAAGUGAAUGUCUGACUUGUGAAGAUGUUUCGAGUGAUAAUUGAGGACUUCUCCAACCAUUAAACAGUAUUAUCACCUUAUUUAUUUGGCGUCAUUUUUGUUUUAAGGCAAAGCUCGCUAAACUUGCAACAGACACUCCUGAGCCUUCAAGCACAGCCUCUACUGAUCAGCAGUGUGAUGAAGGAAAAUCAUCAAUGGUGGAAUUGAGAAUAAGGUUACCGGAUGGACAGGUAAAACGAGUGACUUCAGUUGAAUUUAUAUUCUUGAUUGUAUUAAAUUUACAAACUGUCUCAAAUUGGCUGAAGUACUGACGUCGUUGUGUUCCUUCAUGAACUUCAGAAGUUUUCGCUAGAUGCGCGGAAGUCUGGUUACUUCAAAAUUUCAAAUACUGAGCUCCUUUUAUACUUGGACAGAUGUAUGUUCCUCGUUGCUUAUUGCAAAAACACGUUAGCCAUUAGUCAAGCGUAGAUAACUCAAGACUGCGCCAUGUUUCAGAAAAACCCAGCAAUGGUUUUUCAGAAGUUGAUGGCUCCACUUUACGCUUACUCCAUGGAAAUUGAAUGUUCGUACUGGUCGUUAGGCUCGAUUACCAGUCGCUGUUCUCGGGGACUGGACCGAGAAAGCGGCGGAAAUCGAGCCUAGUCGGCUGGCCGCAUGAGAAAACCUAUUACGAAAAGUUGCAUGGACAACUCAUCCCCAUUUUAUAUUUCGCAGAUCCUGUCUGUUGGCCUUCCAAGUGAUUCAACGAUCAGGGCCUUAUAUCGGUAAGUAACUAUAUCAGUCCGAAAAUGUGACUGAAAAUGUGUCGUCUUCAACUCACGUGAACUUUCUUAACGGGAGAAUUUUUCAAUGUAUCUGCCCUCCUGGACUCAAAAGACCUUGCUAAGUGGCAAAUCGACUUUGCUGAAGGAACUAACUCCGCGUUAAAACAAGUUUUAUUAUAUAAAUACUUAAUAGGCCUCAGGAUUGAAGAAUGCAAAUUGUUGUUUCUGGAAACAGUGGUAUACUCCGGAAGACGCAAAUGACGCGGCCAAUGUAGUCAUUAAUUCUCAAAAAGGUUUCAUCUAUAUAUUCAUUCAUUCAUUCAUUUCUUUAUUAUCCAUUUAGUGAAAUCAACAGACUAUGGCAUGACAACCAGAGUGUAGACGAUUUUCUGCUCCUGACAUCGUUUCCCCAGAGGCGAAUCUCUGAAAUGGAAAGUACCCUUGAGGCAGAAGGUAACUGGAUUCAGUUGCCCAAAUCCUCUUUCGGAAUAGAAAGUGUCCGCAUAAUUCUUUCACAUAUUAAGUAAUAUGUCAAUAUUUAGAGCGUACUUACUUGUAUGCCGUACGGUAGAGACUAUACAAGAGGGGACAAAAGCCCAUCUAAAUUCUCAGAGUAUCAGUAGCUUCAUAUGAAUGUUUCACAGCUUACUUGCUUAAUCGGACACUUACUUGGCAUUGUAAAAUAGGCGAUUCCCGAGUGGCCUAGCCUCUGUUACAAAUGCGAAGCCAUUGAUAUGAAAAUGCAUGUUUUUUAUUCUCAUGCAAGUAAAACUCAUGUUCAGUGCAACAAAGAUUUUGCACUUAGUCUUGUUUUUAAUGUGAGAGUUUUUAGAACUCGGAAAUGGCCUAUUUUAUAGUAAUCUGAGAUCAGGCCCAAUUUUAGCGGUUCUCAUACAUUUCGUUUCGCCUUCACCCGCCGGAAUGUUAUUACAAAGCGAAACGAAAAUUGAGCCUGAUCUCAGGUUAAUUUUAUAGUUGUUAGGUGAAACUGUGCUAUUUUCUGAUCACCUGACAUUGUAGGCUUGUCGCCGCGUGCAGCACUUGUUGUACAGAAAAAAGAUCAACAAGGAGUGGUUACCCAGGGACAAGGUCCAGGUAGGUUUUUUUCGGCAGGGGAGGGGAGGGAAGAGAGGGGAAUGUUAAUCAUUUAAAUGUCUCAUAUUUUACUUUGUUUUUCCUGCUGCAAGACUACAAACAAUGAGUUAGACCUUGGUGAGAUAUGUCUAAAGGCUUUUCACCGUUGCAGGCAUUGCGCGUGGCUAGCACAAUAAUGAUAUGGCCUUUUUUAUUAUAGUAUUGAACGUGAAGAACAUCACGAAAUUAGACGAAUGGCAAGACGUUUUAAAUGAACAAGACAAGCUCGUAGUUGUACAAUUUUACGCCGAUUGGUAAGUAGCUUAGAAAGUAAGCUUAUCAGUGGGUACAUACUUAUAGUUUUAUUUAACCUCAUUUUCUGGGUCAGUACGGGAAGUCAAGCACCGAGUUUCUUUUCUCUUGGUUUUAAAAACCCGCUUGUGAACCGCUGGUAAGUAAUGUACAGUCCCUCCUCAAAACAGACAGCAGUGUUUUUUGCUAGUGUUGCGUCAAGGCAGUUCUUCAAUUGCUGUUUUGUUCUUAUUUGUGUUUUUGCAGGUGUGCCUUGUGCAGGUCUGUCGCAGACUCGUAUGAUUCACUGAAUGCCAAGUAUGGACUGAAUGGACAAGCAGUGUUUGCACGUGUUAACGUCGACAAAUUGAAAGUUAGUGACAUUAAACUUUCUUAAAUUUAUUUCUUAUUGUUUGCACCCCAAUAUGUUGUAAGCUCCUCUUACUGUCACUUCCUAACGCAUGUUGUUGUUCUUGUCAACGUAUUUCAUCUUAAGCAUUCAAGGAGAACAGAUAGCCUGCGUGGCAGGCCCAAAAAAAUGAAGGGGAGGGAGGGGAGGGAGGGGAGGAGAGGGGGAAAAAGUGAGAAAGGGAAAAGGGAGAGAAAAGGGUGCUUUCCUUCUCUCCCCAAUCCCCUCUCCCUUUCCGUCCUUUUCCCUCCCCUUUCGACGUCUGUCACGUAGGCUAGCGACAGAGAACAUGUUUGACAACACCUUACUGAAUAUAUGAACCGAAGGAAAAAAUACGUUAUUUUCUUGAUGAUGUUUAAUACAGUCGAACCUCCACUAACUGCUACCUUUCCACAACGGCCACCUCUCUACAACGGCCAUUUUUUUGGCGGACAGUCCAUAGAUUCACUCUUGUUUUAACCUCUCUACAACGGCCCCCUUUCUACAAUGGCCACUUUCUUCUGUCUCGAAGGUGGCCAUUGUAGAGAGGUUCAACUGUAUUUUUCAGCAUAUCCUAUCAACUUUUCCUUCUGCAAGGUGUUGAAGUAUCAACAAGCGAUCGCUUCACUACCAACCUUUAAACUGUUUUGGAAUGGCCAGGUACCGUAUUACUUAGUUUUGAAUUUGUCAAGUCAAUUAUAUGCUGUGUGCUGUGUAUACAAGUCAUAGCAUUUCAUUUAGUUAUACGAUUCUCAUUGAAGCUUUGUUGUGAUUCUUUAAUAAAAAAUGCAGCUUGCUAGAGAUAAAUAAGUUCUUUGUUUCUCAUAUUUUUCUCUUGGUGUUGUUCUUUAGUCGGUAGCUCAAGUUGACGGAACUGACAUGUUAGAACUCGAACAUCAAAUCAAAGAGAACUUAAAUGGUACCGUGGAUGAUACGGGAGAGGAGUCCACAUCGAAUGAGAUGUAUUUUGACCCAAGAUAGCUGUAGCAAGGUAACAUGUAAGUGAAAACUCCUCCGUUCUUCUCUGCCAGAGGUUAUGGUGAGAAUGUGUCACGCUGCAAAGAGAGAGACCCAAGGGUUUAAGGUGCUAGGAACGCCUUUCAAUUAGCAGUAAAAAGUGCAGGAUGUUUGAAAAGGGAGGCUGCUGACGGAGAGUUUCAGGAAGCAAUUUACAGCAGUUAACAAAUUGAAGGAUAAUUUUUAACGUUUCAGUAAGAGAUACGUUUUACAAUCACCCUUUUAAAUCGUUGGCAGGAUACAAGAUUCAUUGCUGAACAAACUUUAAAAGGAAAAAAGUUGACAGUAGAAUGUUGCAGUUGUGACGAAAACAAAUUCACGAAACUGGGAUCUGAAAAGUUAUGAAGGUAUACGAUGUAAAGUGAUUAAAACAAAGUUUGUUCGUCAUGUUUUGCUUUAUUUUAAUUUAUUAGCUUUAAUUUCCAGAUUAGCGGGGAAUCCACAACUAUAUAUUGCGCAAUUACUGUGGACCCGAAACAAUUCCGUACUACUUAAAAGACGUUCAUCAUCGUUUCAUUACAAUUAUAAAAGCUUUAACGUUCAAAGCUAGAUACCUGUAAAAAUUUAUAGGCAAUUCUGGACUAGUGAUAUAAUUGUACCAUCUUGCGCGUAUCUCAGCCG